CGGGGAAAAGCCCUACAGGUGUGACCAAUGCGUGAAGUGCUUCAGUAAGAGCUCUAUCCUGAAGAUACACAUGAGGACUCACACCGGCGAGAAGGUGGGUGCGACCAAUGUAUGAAGCGCUUCCCACUGAAAGGAGGCCUGACGAGCCACAUUAGGACUCACUCCGGUGAGAAGCCCUACAGGUGUGACCAAUGCGGGGGGCACUUUAGACAGAGCUCCGCCCUGAUUAUCCACAUGAGGAGUCACUCGGGGGAGAAGCCCUACAGGUGUGACCACUGCGUGAAGUGCUUCAGUAAGAGCUACAACCUGAAGGUCCACAUGAGGACUCACUCUGAGGAGAAGCCCUACAGGUGUAACCAAUGUGUGAAGUGUUUCAGUCAGAGCUCCACUCUGAAGAGCCAUAUGAGGACUCACUCCAAGGAGAAGGCCAGCUUCAGCGACGCAAACAAAGAGCCAAUGGUGUGCUUUGAUUGACACCCCUAUCCUGUAUUUGUUGAAAUGACUGCUGUCGUUUUUUUUUUUGCUUUAAAAGACGCUUCCAACUCUUCAAACAUCUUCUGUUUUUAUUGUAGUAAAUAAAUGAUGCCUGUCUGAUGAAGAAUAAUCUAUUUUUUGGACACUACCGACAACCUAAUAUUUGAUUUAAAUGUAGAGCAGGAUCAUGGGAAGCGCGUCAGUCAGAGCCCCGCCCUGAAGGUCCACAUGAGGACGCACGCCGGGGAGAAGCCCUGAAGGUGCUACAUCAGCCUCAGCGACCCAAACAAAGAGUCAAUGGGGUGCUUGACACAGGGCAACGGGACGCUCUGAUUGACAACUCUAUCCUUUAUUCGUUGAAACGACUGCUGUCGGUUUUUUGUUUGCUUUAUUAAAGACGCUUUCCAACUUUUCAAA